ACCCACCCACCCACCUUCUCCCCCUCUCUCCCACCGCCGCGCUGCAGAGAGCCAGACCUGGGGAAGCGGAGCGCACAGCAGCCGGCAGCUGGAGGAGGAGGGUCGCUCUGCUGUCAUCUGGCUUGGGUGAAGGGGGAGGCGGGGGGCUCUCGGUUUGUGCUUGGAUUAAAACACGACCCCAGACAAAGAAGGCAGAGGAGAGGAGUUGGGGGGGGGGAGGCAUAUGCCAGGGAGAGGCGCCGCUCUCAAUCGUGCCUCUGUUCCCAAGGAUUAAGGAAUGAAUGGGAGCCGCUUCCCAGCUCACCAUGGAGAGAGGAGGCGAUUCAGGCUGCCAGGAUAAGGCUUCCUUCCUGAUGGGUCCCUGAAGCUCCCACCAGUGGCUCUGGCAACACCCCGUGAAAGCACUCCCUGCGUGGCCUCCAGCCUGUGCAGCUGUUGCAUCUCCGAACCUACUUCUGCAAUGGAUGAUGGUGGCGACUCCAGGCGUGAUCUGGCCCAAGGCUCGGACUCCAAGGAGUACUGCCUGUCAGACCGCGACAUUGUGGAGGUGGUGAGGACAGAGUACGUUUACACCCGCCCACCCCCAUGGUCGGACACCCUCCCCACCAUCCACGUCAUCACUCCCACCUACAGUCGGCCGGUGCAAAAGGCAGAACUGACGCGUCUGGCCAACACCCUCUUGCAUGUGCCCAACCUGCACUGGAUCCUGGUGGAGGACUCGCAGCGGCGCACUCCUCUUGUCACCCGGCUGCUGCGGGACACGGGGCUGAACUACACCCACCUCAAUGUGGAGACACCCCGCAACUACAAGCUGCGGGGAGACAUGAGGGACCCCCGGAUUCCCCGUGGGACCAUGCAGAGGAACCUGGCCCUGCGGUGGCUGAGAGAGACCUUUAACAAAAACAGCAGCCAACCUGGGAUUGUUUACUUCGCUGAUGACGAUAACACCUACAGCCUGGAGCUCUUUGAGGAGAUGCGCACCACCAGGAAGGUGUCGGUGUGGCCGGUGGCCUUUGUGGGCGGCUUGCGUUACGAGUCACCCAAGGUGAAUGCAGCGGGGAAGGUGUAUGGCUGGAAGACUGUUUUCGACCCCCACCGCCCGUUUGCCAUUGACAUGGCGGGCUUUGCCGUGAACCUCAGGCUGAUACUCCAGCGAUCUCAGGCUUACUUCAAACUGCGAGGAGUGAAGGGUGGUUACCAAGAGAGCAGCCUUCUCCGGGAACUAGUGACCUUGAAUGACCUUGAGCCGAAAGCUGCCAAUUGCACUAAGAUUUUAGUCUGGCACACAAGGACGGAAAAACCUGUGCUCGUGAACGAGGGAAAGAAAGGCUUCACAGAUCCCAACGUGGAAAUCUGAUGCUGCAUGGCUGAGCGGAGAUCAAACAGAAGAUUCUCUCAUUCUGCAGGCUCCUCUCUACAGCAGCCAGCCAGACACACAAGCAGCUGCCAGGACCGCUCCUGACUUCCAAGUGUUUUAAAUGUAUGAAAAACAAGCAAGUUAGAACAACCGACCAUACCUGCACUGCUCAGACUCUCCCGCCCUUCCUCCUGGACUCUGAACAGAACCGGGCCCUCUGGAAACAGAGGAGAAGCACAGAAACCGUAGCACUGACCUCACCUUCAGUACAAGGUGCAAAGCCUGUGGGCUGCUUGGAUUGGAAGGAGCAUGUGCAGGGCACCAUGCACUCGGGAGGAGGCCCAGCUGGAGCUGGUUUCACAGCAAGGAUGAGAAGCACCACAAGGAGUGACGGAUACCUUGUGUCUGUGUGCAACAGCCUCAGUAGCUCUCUGGCUGUGGAGAUGGCACCUUGGCCCUUAAUUUUGAACCUAGGUUAUUCAGUAUUUAUUACACGGCACAAGACUGGGUUUCGGGGAGGGAGAAAAGCAAGGCAGGUAAUAGCUAACCAACAAUCUCUCUGUUCUUUCCACCCCAUCCCCCUUUCAUCAGCUCCAUGGCUUGGAGGGGGUCUGACCGAUUUGACAUACCUCUGUGUACUUGUAUUGAUUUGUUUACAGCACCUGUGCCCAUGUUCCCCAUCCCUGCUAAACUAACUGGAGGUAGGUCCUAAUCCUGUGGCUCAGGCCUAUCUCUAAUGCUAACUUGACAGACAAAUGUUAGGUGUUGGGCUCCCUGCAGUGCGCACCUACCUCAAGAAGUGUUUUUUUUUUUUUUAACAAUAUGGGAGGGAACCACUCAGCAUUUCACUGAAUGCUGCUGUUGUAUCCAACUCCUACCUUAGGCCUAAUUUCUAAUGUUCACUGUAAAAGAAGGAAUCACUCAGCAACAAACAAACCCCCUUCCAUCUAUUACUCCCCACCUUCUUGAGUACAUUUAGUGUUGAUUUUAAAUAUGUCCAUUUCAUGGUACCCAUAAAAAGCCACUGGAGCAGUUCCAUACCUGCUAUUACUGGUGUGCUCGCCUAUACUACGAUGGCCCAGUGCUCUAUAGCUUCCCCCAACAGUGUCUCACUGGUGCUCCAACACCUAAUUGCCCAAAGAGUGGAUUGAAAAGAAAUAAUCUGAACAAAACAGCACAAAAUAACCUUAACCCAAAUAACUUCAAAUACCUGAAACCAUUGUGGUGC